GGCAUGAGGCAGCAGGAUCCCGUGGUAGUGACCGUGGCGGCAACGCCCGAGGAGGGCUGCGAUGGGGAGCAGCCUCGGCAGCUGGCAGGGCUGGUGUGCAGGGCGCCCGGCGUCUCCCAGGAACCCCACAAACAGUGGAAGAAAUUUUUAUAUUGUGAGCCACAUAAGAGAAUUAAGGAAGUGCUGGAAGAAGAACUUUAUAUUAAGAGAGAUGAAUGCCACAUUAAAAAUCCACCUUCAGUGGUCCUGGAAGGGAUCUGGAGCAUUAAAAGGAAUCUCCCUAUGGGGUGCUUGAAGCCGGGACUGCCUAGCAGAAACAGUUUACUGCCACAAGCCAAAUACUAUUCAAGGCACGGAGGACUGAGAAGUAAGACUCUGACACCCUUGACUUCCACAGACACCCUAAGGGUAGCAGCCACCAGCCUGGGUCCAGUGAACAAACAGAAACUUUAA